AUGGUAGCUGAAAAUGAUAAAAGUCUCAAAGUAUUGUUUACUGCUCUGUUUAGUCCUGGUCAUCUGAAUGCAUGUCUUGGUAUCGGUUUGUUGCUUCAUAAACGAGGUCAUCAAGUUUAUUUUGCUCAUCUUCCUAAGCAUCGCCCAAUCAUCGAAAAACAUGGAUUCGAGUUUAUUUCACUGUUGGACUAUGCUGAACCCGAAUUUCCAGUUAUGGAAUCUGUGCCAGCAAUGAAAGAUAUUAUGAAACCUGAGUUUGAAAAGGCGCUAAAAUUUACACCAUUGGAGCUUUUAAAAGAUGAGUCUAAGAGCCAUCCUUUUAUUGGCAUGAUCAAAGGAUCAAAAGGUGAUAAUUAUGCCAUGAUGAAGAUCGUUAAAGAGUAUAAGCCCGAUGUUUGUUUGGCUGAUUACCUCUUCAAUAUGCCUUGGAUGUUUGCUGUCGAUUGUCCAACUAUUCCUGUAAAGUCUGUCAAUCCUAUCGAACUGUAUAAUGGACCACCUCCUCGUUCAGGGUAUUCAGUUCAUGACCCACCAACUGUUUGGGAAGAGUUUAGGCGAUUGGCCAGUAAAUCUGAAUCAGAAAUGGAAAGUGAAGUUGAAAAGUUGUUCGCUCAUUUCAAUAUUGAUCCUAAGCCGCAAAACUAUGCUAAAAAGUUGGGAAUCUACAUUUAUCCUGGCCCAUUGGAUUAUCAUGAAUUUGGUCUACCAAAAGAAAACUGGGUUCGUCUUGACUCAUCCAUUCGCUCACCAGAAACAUUGAAUUUCGAAAUACCAGAGAAACUUGAAGAUAAACCAGGAAAAUUGAUCUAUGUCUCAAUGGGAACAUUAGCUUCUGCUUUAACUGAAUUACUAACCAUGAUAUUGACUCCAUUGGCCAACUCACCUCAUCGUUUUAUUGUUUCAACUGGUGUUAAUGGUGACUCAAUCACGCUAUAUGAUAACAUGUGGGGAGACAAAUUCGUCAAUCAAGUGGCUCUUUUACCCAAAGUCGAUUUAUUCAUAACUCAUGGAGGAAGUAAUUCUUUGAUUGAAGGAUUAGCUGCUGGUAAACCCUUGAUAGUUAUUCCUCAAUUUUGCGAUCAACUUGAUAAUGCUCAACGAAUAGCUGAUCUUGGUUUAGGUGUGAGGAUAAACUUGCAUGAAUUUAGUGGUGAGAAGUUACUGAAAGCCAUUGAAGACGUGCUCAAAGAUGAAAAGAUUCAUUCAAAUGUUGCUCGAGCAAGUGAAGAGCUGAAAAAAUCUGAUUCACGAGAUAAAGUUAUUUCUCUUAUUGAACAAAUUGCUAGAAACUAA